CUGGGUUUAUGGGUAAAGCCGGUUUAAUGAACAGCUGAUUUGAUUUCCUCUCAGAAUAUGCUUGAAUUUUUUGCGAUGUCGAGGGAUAUUAUGCAAGAUGACAGGAGGGAGAUAUGAAUGUUAAAGUCACGGGUUGAACGAUGGAGUCAGGAUGGCAGCAGCCCGGAUCAGUUAGAGCUGCGUUAUUCUUAAACACCAUCAUCUGGCUCUUCAUCAUCAUCAGCACCAGCAGCAGCAGCAGCACCGGGGCACAAGCACACACCUGUAACCAUAAAGUGCCCCUGCAUACAGAGGUUAUACACAAAGUGUUUCUAAAGCCAGAUAGAUUGACCAAAAGAAGCACAGAGCAGCAGUUAAAGAUCCAGAUAGAGUACGACUCCAGCUUGGACGGGUUAGAUGAAGACAAAAGCAGUCUUGUGAAGGACAAGCUCCUCCCACAUGCCAUUGAUUAUCUUCAGAAGGCGUUUAGGGUUCGUAGGCAGUCUGGUCCAGUAUUACUGAGCAGACAAUGUGCAACAAAUCAGUACCUAAGGAAAAGAGAUGAUCCCCAUCGCUACUGUCAGGGACCAUGUGCAGAGAUCACCAAGUGUGGUCCGGUUAUUGUGCCUGAGCGUCAUUUACAGCAAUGCAGGGUGUGUAGUGAGUCAGGGAAGUCCUGUGGCCCUGCCGGUCCUUCUGAUGGUGGAGGGGUGGAAAGGGCCGAUUUUGUGCUUUACGUAAGUGCGAUGACCACAGAACGGUGCGGGCAAGAGAACAUUGUAGCAUAUGCAGCGUACUGCCAACUCGAGUCUGAACUAGACAGGCCAAUUGCUGGAUACGCCAAUCUGUGUCCCAAUAUGAUCUCUACUCAAGCUCAGGAGUUUGAAGGGAUGCUGUCCACGGUCAAGCAUGAGAUCAUACAUGCCCUGGGUUUUUCUGCAGGUCUCUUUGCCUUUUACCACGAUGACGAUGGGAAACCUUUGACGCCACGUUCUGCGAGCGGUCUUCCUGCAUACAAUGAAAGUUUAGGGUUAUAUCAGUGGAGUGAUAAAGUCAUCAAGAGAGCAACCCGGCUGUGGGACAUCCGAGGCGGCCGCAUGGUCCGACACAACGUCCAUCUUCUUGUCACUCCACGUGUAGUGGAGGAGGCCAGAAAACAUUUUAAUUGCUCCAUUCUGGAGGGCAUGGAACUGGAGAACCAGGGAGGUGCUGGCACUGAGUUCAACCACUGGGAAAAGCGUCUCUUAGAGAACGAAGCUAUGACUGGAUCUCACACACAAAACCGAGUGUUUUCCAGAAUAACUUUGGCUAUAAUGGAGGAUACAGGGUGGUACAGAGCCAAUUACAGCAUGGCAGAGAAUCUGGAAUGGGGAAGAGGUUUGGGCUGCGACUUUGUGAUGAAAAGCUGCAAAUUUUGGAUAGACCAACAUCGCAAUGCGAGGCCGACGCUGAGCCCAUACUGUGACUCUGUGAGGACGGCACCUUUGCAGCUCACCUGCAGGCAGGACCAGCUGGCAGUGGCCGUCUGCAACCUGCAGAAGUUUUCACGUGCCCUUCCUCCAGAAUACCAGUACUUUGACCACAUCACUGGUGUUGCUGAGGAGGAUUUAUCAGCAUAUGGAGGUGCGGUGGAGAUCGCAGACUACUGUCCCUUCAGCCAGGAGUUCAGCUGGCACGUAGGCGGAGAGUACCAGCGCAGUUCUUACUGCAGAAUACAAGAGAACCAGCCAGCUGUUUGGAGGAACUAUGGGGCAGAGCAGUAUGGGCCAGGGUCAGUGUGUCUGUACCAGAAGUCAGCAUUUGCGAUGGAGCAGUGCACCAAACGUAUGACCUACCCAGACUGGGGCAGUGGUUGCUAUAAGGUAUCUUGUACAACCCAGGGUCUGUCUGUUUGGGUGCAGAAUGAGUCCUAUCCAUGUGCCUGUGCUGGUCAGGUGAUCAGUGUGAGUGUGUGGAUGAACGGGUGGGUUUACAACGGGCAACUCAUCUGCCCCGUCUGCGCUGACUUCUGCAGCGACUGCCCCCUCCCUCACGAAAUCCCCCCCAUGAACACCACCAAGAGUAUUCGCUUAGAUCCAUGUUCCAGUUCUUCCUCCCUGAUGGUGAAUUUACGGAGGCUUGUGUUUAUUCUCACUCCACUGCUGGCUGGCUUCCUCCUCUGUGUCAGGGACUGAAUUUGGUCCUGAUUGUGACAGGUGGAUAUAGGCACCAUGCUGCCGUUGACUUCCUUCGAGGUUUAGCUGGUGUGUACGGCAAACGGAUGAUCAUGCGUUGAUCUGAGUACUCUUCUCUGUGUGGAGUUGUACUGUAUACUGUAGGGAUUGAAAAGCCAUGGAUUGCUCAUCUCAGCCUGGUUGUCACAUGCCAGCGAACUGUAGAUCCAAUGAGAAGCCAUAGUCAUGCAUGCUGCAGUUUGGCAGCACUGUUAUGCAGGUGCUAAUUAAUGUUCUCCUUGUCUGUUUGAUGGACCUGUAGCAUUUUGGGCCAUGAAAUAGACGUCCGGCUGAGAAUCAUGAGUGUUUUUCUGUGCUCCUCUUUUGACCUGUGAAAUAAUUUGUUGGUGACAUUUUGGUGAGCUUCGAUCAGGUUAUGUUACUGGUGUUUUUGAAUUUGCAUGGAGAAGUCUGGGUGAGAAAAUAACUAGAACUUGAAUGUGGCUUGGUGUCCAAGUCGUUUUAAAAGGUUUUAAAAUGUGUCAUGAUUUAUAUACAAUGGGUUCCGUAUGUCUGUGACUUACAGUUUGAUGAUUUGGAAAAAAGUUAUGACACAGAGAAAUACUGUAUAUGUUGUUCUGAAUCUGCACUAUUUCAAAGUCUCUAUCUGUAAUCAGAUAAAAGGCAUUUGUGAUUUUGUGGAUGUUAACCUUUGUACAAAAUGUCAGAUUUCCUUUUCUUAAAUCAUGUAGGGAUACCAUAGAACAACAGUUUUAUGAACUUGUGUAAUUUAUGCCAACUUGAUGUAUGCUGUCAUUAUUAAAAAGUGGAUAUGCCAAAUACUAAAAAUAGUUUUAAAUUUGUUUGAAAAUUUUAACGUAACUCCUCAAUCCAGGUAUUAUGGUGAUAAUAUCACUGCUGUACUUUUGAAACCUUGUAUUUCCAUAUUUUGUGAUUUUCAUUUUUUUGCAUAUAUCAUUAUUGUUAGUAACCCUUUAUGUUUGUCACUGGGUUUUGCAAAUAUCUAACCAAUAAAAAGUAUUAAUAAGUACAAAUCAUUAAAUAAUUAAAAAGUACAGUGUUUUUCCCGUUUCCUGAAAAACAGCGAAUUUGGGCAGGGGUUUCAGAAGGACAGUGACGAUAUGUAUGAGAAAAUCAACCAAAUAGAAAGUUUAAAGUUGUCUCAGACAUUCGGACCUCUUUGUAUAUGUGCGUUUUUUUGUCACAAUUAAUAAUUGGACAAAAUUCAGCCUUGUUUAAGACUGAUUCUCUGUUUACCUUGAAAUGUGUUGCCAGAUUUGUGUCCUGAAGGGCUGUGCUUACAAGGGCUGCAGAUUGUAGAUAUUGUCUUCUCAGAAUCAACUCACUAAAAGCCCUUGAGAAAGUGCAUUUCAAGUCCUUUUGUAUGAUGAGAUGAGCUGUUGAUUUGUUUGCCAUUCAACGUGUUUGAUUCGAUUACAAGGUGCCAUUUAGUUUUGCAUUUGUCCUUUGUUUUAUAACUUAUAACUGAAUUGCAAUAAGUUUUGCAGUUCGAUUCCAUAGACUGUUUAACACUGUCAACUAUUUUUAUUUUUUAUAAUUUGGGAAUGACACUGGUUCAGUUAUUCAUAAUUGUAAAAGCACACACUAGCUCUGGGUCUAACACUUCUCUGGUCAAAAUGUUUUGUCUGACUCACAAUAUGUGUAAAUGGGAAGCAGGUAUUGAUUGUUUUGCUUCAGCAACAUCAGGAACAAAAAUAUAGAAAACACUUUAGAUAAACUUUAUUUAUUUAUAUUAACACUGUAUUUUAAUUAAGUCCAUUAUCUAAAAACAAUCAUUUGGGAACAAACUAAGGAGCUGCAGUGCCCAUGUGAUCAUUUAGAUUAUUUAGAUAAAAAGUUUGGUACUGUUUAGGUGUUAGUGGACUACUAAAGGUUUCUGUAAUGUAAUGUAAUCUAGUAUGUUACUAAAUUCACACAUUUAUAGAUUAAAGAUUAGAACCUUGACUAUUCGUAACAUUUGUAACAUUUUUGUUAGGCUAGGUAGUGUUUUAAUUUCAAUUUCAGACAAAAAUACUUAUUUAAUUGCAGGUUACCUGUUAUCUGCUGGGAACUUGAAAAAAACAUGGCAGCUUUACUUACAACUAACACUUCAUUUUAGAGCCUUUUCAAGAUUACUGUAUGUUAUCUGUUGUAUAUUAUGAUAUAUUCUUUGAAGUAAAUAUGUAGUAUUUGUAGCAAAUGAAAUUUGUAGUGAUUGAUAAAUGUAGAUAGUUAGGACAUCACAAGAUCCGUUUGCAAGUAUGAGUCUUUUCCCCAUCAUAAAACAUGGUGUGAUUAUAGUAUGAAUUACUAUACUGUAUGUAUUGUUUGUGUUAUGUAAUGAAAUGAUGUACUGAAUGAGCCUUAUCAAUGCAGGUUUUAUAUUAUUAAACUGAAGAAGUUUUGUACUCUCAAUCAAACUUCAAAUGAAAUGCCUUUCUCUUCAUGAUAUUCACACAAAGAUAGAUAAUUAGUUUGAACUGUGUCGAUCAAUAUUUUUCAAUAUUUUUGGAGUUGGAAGUUCAACUGGUAUUGUCUUAUUCACAAGCAAAUUUUAAUUAAUAUUUUUUUGCAUUUAUUUGUCAAAUUUUUUAUUUUCUUAUAUAAUUACCCAUUUUUGUUCAGCAUUUUUAGAAUGAUUGCUUCAAAAAUGAUUAUAUAUAAUUAUUCCUCAUUAGUUCGUCAAAACAAAUAUGUAUUGUGUUUAAUUAUAUAUUAUUUAAAUGGGCCCACUAAAUUUUUUCCAAAUGUUUGACUUUUGAAGCAGAACAUAUUUGUCUUUGCAAAUUGUGUAAACUGUGUCUUCAUUUUUAUCCGUGCACAUUGUUUUGAAUGCAUUCAAAACAUGAGGUUGUUUUUAAACCUUUUUCUCUGUCAAAUGUGAUUAAUUAUAUACAUCAUUUAUAAGAGUUUUUAAGUAGCCAAAAUGUUAUUGUAGAGGUUGUUUCACUAUUCUGUGUUGGAAACUGCAUUGUCCAACUAGACAAAGGUUAUAAAUGAGCAUGCAGAACAUCUGAAAAAAAAGCCAAGCCAUGAGACAGAUGCAAGACCAAAGACAAGUCUAUGCAGACUUUUAAGAACAUACCACAUGAUCUCCCAUUAUUUGUUUUUCUUGAUGUUUUGUACUAUUAUACUACAUUAGCUCUUUUUUUUCAAUUGUACAUUAUUAAAAGUGGUGUUAACAAUCACAGGCACCUCUUCUCAAUCAUAAACUGAUCUUUUUAACAAUUGUUUAAUUUUCCCAAUAAAAGGAAUUGUUUA